UUUACAUCGUGGCUUAGAUAGAUACGUUGCGUCUAUAUCGAUUCUAGGCCAUACUAAACUCGCGAAGAUGCUGAUACAGAAGCUGAGGCUGUCCGCCAGUUCUCUUCGUCGAUCUGUAGCUUCCGGACCGUCUGUCGUCCGGACAUUUACUUCGAGCUACAACAAUGCCAUUGCAGGAUUGACCGCAGAACAAGAGGAGUUCCGUGAUGCUGUGAUCGACUUUGCAAGCAAAGAAGUGGCCCCGCUAGCUGUGGAGAUCGACAAGAACAACAAGAUGCCAAGGGAACUGUUCAACAAGAUGGGAGAGAUGGGUUUGCUAGGUGUGACGGUACCAGAGGAGCAUGGCGGGCUGGGGAUGGGGUAUCUCGCUCAGACAAUCGCGAUGGAGGAGCUAAGUCGAGCUUCUGCUUCUGUGGGAUUGAGCUAUGGAGCGCACUCGAAUCUCGUUGUCAAUCAGCUUAGGAGAUGGGCAAACAAAGAUCAAAUGUCCAGAUACAUGAGUGACCUAUGUACGGGUGAAAAGGUUGGAUCCCUAGCCAUGUCGGAACCAAACGCAGGAUCGGACGUCGUGUCUAUGCGGACCAAAGCGGAGAAGAAGGGAGACCGAUGGAUCUUGAAUGGAUCGAAAUGCUGGAUCACCAAUUCUCCCAUAGCAUCUACAUUCAUUAUCUACGCUAAGACUGAUACCUCGGGACCACCCUCAAAAGGUAUCACUGCAUUCAUCGUCGAGAAGGGUUGGAAAGGGUUCGAAGUGGGAGAGCCACUGGAUAAAUUCGGAAUGAGGGGCUCCCCAACGGCAGAACUGUUCUUUGACAAUGUGGAGAUUCCGGAGGAGAACGUCCUUGGAGAGGUCGGUAAAGGAGCAAAGGUCCUCAUGUCCGGCCUGGACCUGGAGAGACUGGUUCUGAGCGGAGGUCCUCUUGGUAUCAUGCAAUCUGCUCUUGAUCUCGCGCUUGAAUACACACAUGAACGCAAGCAAUUCGGUCAGAAGAUUGGGACUUUCCAAUUGAUGCAGGGCAAAAUUGCGGACAUGUACACCAAGCUCAGUGCUUGUCGUUCGUACGUUUACGCUGUGGCUAGAGCAUGCGAUCAGGGUAAAAUCUCUCGGCAGGACUGCGCUGGCGCCAUCCUGUAUUCCUCGGAUAGAGCUGUGGAAGUCGCUCUGGACGCUCAGCAAUGCUUGGGGGGUAACGGAUAUAUCAACGAUUACCCUGUCGGCAGACUGCUACGCGAUUCUCGAUUAUACACUGUCGGAGCUGGCACUCAAGAGAUCAGACGCAUGCUCAUCGGUCGAGAAUUCAAUGCCAUGUUUGACGAAGCGCGAGGGAAAGCCACGAUGCAGUAGAUUACCUCAUCUCUACACAAACGCAACGCAUGUAUCUAUCAUGUUG